UUCAGACGUUCAGACGGGUUUUCUCUCUCCCCGUAGACGAUACACUCAGCUAGAGGAUUUCUCACCGAUUCGUCCACUCAUACACAGGGAACACCGAGAUGGGCAUAGCCAGGAAAGGACCCUUUGUACCAAGGGUUGCGAGGGGAAGCCCACACGUCUGACAAGGAAGUGGUAGCUGACAGCUGCAGCGCCAGUCUGUCCAGGCCGGAGGAAGCAAAAGUGGACUUUUUAACCCCACCAGAAACACGAUGAUGUUGAUAUACUGCUACCGGUGAGGCCUGCCCUGCUCUCCCUCUCCCGCCACCAUCAUGCCCAGACGGGGACUGCCGUUGCAGGGCAGGGCACGCUGGCUCCUGCUGGGCAUCUUCCUGCUCCUGGUGCUCUUGCUGUUUGCCUACCUGCUUGAGUGCACGCCCCCGCCCGAUGCCAGCCUGGUCAUGCCGGGCCUGGGGGUUGAGCCCUACGGCAAGGAGUACUACCAGGCCCUCCUACAGGAGCAGGAGGAGAGGCACGUCAGCCGAGCCAACAGCCUGAAGAGGCAGAUCGCUCAGCUCAAGCAGGAGCUCCAGGAGAUGAACGACAAGCUCAAGGCCAUACAGGAGCGCAAGGAGAGCCCAGGCGGUGGGGGAGGAGGUGGGGGAGUAGGCGGAGGCCUGGGCCUGGCCUCCGACAAGGACCAGGAGCCUGGAGACCUGCUGGAGUACCUCCACGGCCAGAUCGACAAGGCGGAGGUGAGCACGGGCGCCCGGCUGCCCAGCGAGUACGCCCUGGUGCCCUUCGAGAGCUUCACCUCCACCAAGGUCUUCCAGCUGGAGAUGGGCCUGACGCGGCACCCCGAGGAGAAGCCGGUGAGGAAGGACCGGCGCGACGAGCUGGUGGAGGUGAUCGAGGCCGGCCUGGACGUCAUCAACAACCCCGACGAAGAGGACGCACAGGAGGACGACGUGCCCAUGCAGAGGCAGGCCUACACCGAGGCCAACUUCAUUGAAGGGAUGUACAGGACAGAGCGAGACAAGGGCACGCUGUAUGAACUUUAUUUCGCUAAAGAAGAUUCCAAGGAAUUCCGUCACGUGACUCUCUUCCGUCCGUUUGGGCCGCUGAUGAAGGUCCGCAGCGUAUCCGUGGAAACCACCCACACCACCAUCAACCUCAUAGUACCUCUCUCAGGCAGGACGGAAACUUUCACACAGUUCCUCCACAACUUCAGAGAAGUGUGUAUACAGCAAGACAAAAGAGUCUAUCUGACUGUGGUCUACUUUGGCCAGAAAGGACUGCAGGAUGUGAAGUUCUCGCUUCAAAAAAUGUCCAGUGAGGAGAACUUUACAGACUACACCCUGGUCCCUGUGGAUGAGGAAUUCUCCCGAGGUCGCGGCCUGGACAUCGGCGCUCACACGUGGAAGAGGACAGCCGACGUUCUCAUGUUCUUCUGCGACGUGGACAUCUACUUCAAUCUGGAGUUCCUCAACUCAUGCCGCCUCAACGCCGCUCCAAAUAAGAGAGUCUUCUAUCCCGUGGUGUUUAGUCUCUACAAUCCUGCCAUCGUCUAUGGGAAUCUCGAGCUGGCUCCUCCCAUCGAACAUCAGUUGAUUCAUAAAAAAGACACAGGAUUUUGGAGAGAUUUCGGUUUUGGUAUGACGUGCCAAUACCGAUCGGACUUUCUCAACAUUGGCGGUUUUGACCUGGAGGUGAAAGGCUGGGGAGUGGAAGACGUCCACCUGUACCGCAAGUACCUGCGGAGCGACGUCAUCGUGGUGCGGACGCCCGUCUCCACCCUCUUCCACCUGUGGCACGAGAAGCAGUGUGCCGACGAGCUCACGCCCGAGCAGUACCGCAUGUGCAUCCAGUCCAAGGCCAUGAACGAGGCCUCACACCCCCACCUGGGCAUGCUGGUGUUCCGCGAGGAGAUCGAGAACCACCUCCGCAAGCAGGCCUACAAGACGCAGAUCAAAGCAGAGGACUAGCCAACGGCAGGCUGACAACUAGCCAACACCAGCUUCACACACAUACUGUAGAACCUCAACUAAGCCGGCCUUCAAGAUGCAGAUCAAAGCCGAGGACUAAACUUAGCAAAGACCAUGGGGUAAUUCCAAGUCUCCGGUUCAGUAAACCAGGUUAAGUUAACCUUGUAGUGAUAAAUCAUCCAAUAGAAGAGCCUGGAGUCCUCAUUUUCUUAACUGAAUGACACCUGUGGGCUAUCUAUAAGCAAGUUUACCACUUCCUGUAGGUUAACUUACCCAGGUUUAUCACUUAACGAUGUUAUUUGAAUUAGCCCCAGCUUUGCACACGUAGAACCUCAAGUAAAACCCAGACCUAACCACUGGAUUCGUAGGACUACUUACUCGCUGGAAGGUUUUACUAGUCAAAAGAAGUUAAAAAAAAAGGUUGCUGUUGGGAUAGUACAGCAACAAUGGCUUUGUGAAGCCUGUACUUGACUGAAGAAACAAUUCAAUGGCAACGCCCAUCCUAUGAGUAGCCUCCGACUGAGGAGACAAGCUGUUUCUGAGAUGCUGUGUAGAUGCUCAAUGCAUUUUUCGAAUGUCUCUGUAGCUCUGGUUUACAUGGCCUCCAUUUACAUGGGUACUCCAGAGAGGACCUCCGAGAACUUGAAUGAAUGACUGACUUACAUUUUGAGGCACAUGUUUUGCCUUAGAGGUCCAUGCAUAAUUUCAUUUCUGUACCGUUACUGUCUGUAUAGCUGGUUUUAACAACUCUUUGUGGAGCCAUAUUUUUUGUUUUUCUUUUAGUUUUCUAACAGUGCUGUGAUGGAAAAAAAGGGAUCAGUGGAAGUCGUUUGUGAAAGGGACAAUCAGUUACAGAGAAUUUAAGUUUACACAUGUACAAAUACUGCAGUAAAUUUUACAAUAACAAACAUUUCAUGAAAUGUUACAAAGAAGCAUGAGCUUGUUCAUAUGCUGUUACAAUGUUUUCUGAAAUAUUGAAAUGCCAUAAUUUGCGGAAGAACCCUUAGUGCUUUGGAAAUGAAGUUACCAUUUCUCAGAUGUAAAAGUUUUUCAAAGGGUUAUCGAACCCAGCUCACCAUCUACCAAAGCUGACGAUACUGGGUGGCAGGCAGCUUUUACCGGUCCUGGAACAAAAUCACCUGAGAGGACCCCCAUCUCUCAAUGCAGACAAUGUAUGGGAACCCAGUUCUGCCCCUCCCUGGGCCCAAGACAACUGACCGGAUUGUUCCCCCUUGUCGGCAGGCCUGCUGGGUGGAAAACUGAUAUUAGGUGCCUCAGAUUCAGAAUUAGGACCGAGCAAAUAAUGAUGGGCCGUUCCGGAUUCAUUAGCUGCAAUCCAGUGCCACAUAUUCCAAAUGACCUGGUUUCACAUGUCCAUGCGAUCAUUCAACCAGGUUGAAUUGGAUAGGUACAACCAGGUCAUUUGGAAUAUGUGGCACUAGAUUGUCGCUAAUGAAUCCAUGUUGCCUGUUACUGUUGGUAAGAUGGUUAUGUAUGUAUAUAACGAUCUCUUUUAACGUUACGGGGAGGUGGAGUCUGGACUGCAGCAUGGUGAGUGUCUAAUUUCUUGCCCUUUUGAUAACACAAUAAAAAUAAAAAAGUUUAACCUAAGAUCAUGUGUCUUGUGUAACUGCCAUUAUUUAACUUGCUGGAAAUGUAUUGCUCAUGGCUUCAAGGUGGUCCAUUUGUGUGGACAUCUCAAGGAAAUUCCCACCAUAUUAUGGUAAUCUUUGUCAAACAGUGGCUUUGUAAUGCUGUCCUUCCUCA